AUGCCCGCGGGUAUGCGGGCGGCCUUUGCUGCAGCCACGCAACGGAACCGUGCAAGAAGCGGCUCGCUUUCGACAGUGGCCCCAGCAGAAACCGACGAUGACUACAUACCUGAGUUGGCCGCGGUAGCAGCAUCUAUUCUAUACAAAUCACCACUACCAUCUCUCGAAGGACGACCGAUAUACAUCCUCAAUGCUGCAGCAUUUCCCGAUGCAUUCGACGUCGAUUAUGACAGCUUAUUGGCAUACGUGCUGGCACGUCUACCCGGAGAAGAAGAGUUGAUUCAAGGCGCCGAGUAUGAGAUUGUCUUCUUUGCUGGCGGCACACCGGAUAACGCGACUGCAGAGAAGAAGUCAGGGCCGGCGACAGGGUGGUACCUGCAAGCCUACCAUGUCCUUAGUCGCGCGACGAGAAAGAAGUUGCAAAAGCUGUAUAUUGUACAUCCACGAACGUGGGUGCGCGUCUUGAUCAGUGUCUUUGGAACCAUCGUAUCACCCAAAUUCAGGAGGAAGAUUGUGCAUGUUACGUGCUUAUCUCAGCUGGCACUGCAUGUUCCAGUGGAGAAGCUGGUAAUACCGCCUACUGCCUACCUGCAGGACAGAAAGGUUAGUCCGGAUGUCUACGCGCCCUUCAUGACUGGCAAGCGAGCGUUCGGCGUGCGACAUCCUCUGCCGAAGAACAUCGAUUCGGGUGAAACACGUCUACCACGGGUCUUACGUGAGACGACCAGCUUUCUGCUGAUGCCACCAAACAUCAAGACCGAAGGCAUCUUCCGCAUACCGCCGCACAGUACCUUGCUGGGCAUCCUGAAGGAGGCAUACGAUCGUGGUCAGCAGUUCAUUGUCUGGAAAGAACGCGACGCCACAUUCGUACAGCCCGACAUGCCACCAGCACUUGUUGAUGAGGUCAAGCUAGAAGAUGCUUAUGGAGUACAUCUUGCCGCAUCACUAAUCAAGCAAUGGUACAGAGACUUGAAAGAGCCCAUUGUGCCAGAGUCGAGCUACACUGUACUGAGAGAAAAGUAUCACGAUCCCACGACAGAAGUCACGCCUGAAGAUCUGGUUGACUUCAUUAUACCGACCUCGAUAGCAUCGCCGCUGACUGUGACUGCCCGCGAGAUCAUGAUCCGACAUCUUCUGCCGUUGCUGUCGGCGGUAGCAUUGCAUGAGGCAGACAACAAGAUGAGUGCUGAGAAUCUGGCAAUAUGCUUCUCAAUGUGCCUCAUUUGUGGUUCUGAUCAGUUGAAUGAUGCUCAGGUGUCAUCGAUCGUCAAGAGGAUACUACAAGCUGCAAUCGAGUUGUGGCCGCAGCUACGGACAGGCAUGAACAUUGACUCGAAGCGCUUUACGGUUGACCUGCAACCACCUGCUGACAGCAGAGAAUACGAGGACCCGCUUGAAUCUGCAAAGCCGAAGAGAAUCUCAGAAGCCGAUGAUGGAGAAAACGAGAAAGGACAUAGGAUACUGUUGGAAGACUCCGACAGCUCUCGUUCGCUAUCUCCUGAAGGUGAGAAGCCGGCUUUGCCUCCUCGGCGACGGUCACGAGCGGCGUCCCUGGGAAAAGCACUGGCUGCGAACAUUCGAGACAUCGACUUGUCAAAUAUGCCGUCCAUACAGAUCCCGAAGCCCAAGAUGGAGUUCCCAUCACUUCCGAAGAGAAAGCCCGCGCCACACCAUGCAGAACCGCCUUCGCCAUAUAGGGAAGAUGCGCCUCUGGUCGAUACUUCUGAGACGGUGACUGUACCUCCGCCUCGAUACUCGUCAAUGUUUGACGCUCAGGGUAGAGAUUUCCAAGUCGCAGACUUUCCAGCAAGCUAUGUGCCUGUCGAUGGUUUUGGUCCACUGAGAAGAGCAGAGUUCAGCUUCCAGAAAGGCCGAGAUGAGAUCAAGAGAUCGUCCGCUCCCGAGCCAAGGAUCGAGCCGCAGGACAUUCAUGUCGCGGUACCACACAGAAAGCCAGUUUCGUCCCACAAGACUUCGCCGAAUGCAAGUGCGGACCCUUCACCGAGCGUAUCUCGCAGCAGCUCGUCAGGCACUAACGCCAUGUUGGCUCGCAUGGCAGCGCAGCAGGCUGCGGAUAGCAUGGCUAUGAAGACCAACAAUGAAAGCACGAAACCUAUACCAAUCGCCAUCGACACGAGCAACAUGGUAUCCACGUCCACCGACACUUCGGCCAAGUCAGCUGUAUCAGAAGGCGAUGGCGUCUUUCGCAAACCCUCAUGGCCAGCAUCCGCCAGUCGACAACCCUCCAAUAUUCAAUCCCUCGCACGACCUGCCCUCCCUACACGGAAGUCUAACACAAUACCUAUGAUUGCCAACCACGACGGCAGCAGAGAUGGUCGCGGUUCGCUGAGCGCACCUCACGUGCCCAAACCACGAACACCAUCACCCGGCCUGCUGAAGCGCAUGGAGAGUAUGGAGUCUAAUAAAUCCACGCAUAGUCUUGAGCCGAAGAAGCUCAACCUAAAGAAAGCGAGCGUGGACGACCUACGAAGACUCUACGAAGAACGAGCCACAACGGUACAAAGUCUGGCAGAGGCUGGAAGAAGGGCAUCGAAUCAACAAUAG